UAUAGAGGAUUGACUUUGGUGCCUCAAAAGCAGCAUACUUGUAUAUCCUAAGAGAAGACAAAGGAAGAGAUUCUUCAUUCAUUCUCUCAACCUUUUCCUAAAGAACCCAUAAAGAUGGAGAUUGAUCUCUCUUUGAAGAUAGAAAGUGAUGAUGAGCAAAAUGAAGAAGAGGAGAAGGUGGGUGAGUUAGUGAAAGAGGAUGACAUGGAAGAAAUGGUACAUGAAGUCCCCACAGCUGGUGAAGUUGAAGAAGAUGAUGCAUCAGUUGUAGAAAUAUCUUUGCAAGAUAACACAAAAACAAGAGAGUUAAUUGACUUGAAAAUGGAGAUGGAGAGCAUGAAAGAGGAAAACAAAGUCCUGAGAAAAGUGGUGGAACAAACAAUGAAAGACUACUAUGAUCUGCAAAUGAAAUUUUCAAUCAUCCAGGAAAAUAAUAAAAGAAAGGAUCCUCAAUUUUCUCUCUCACUUCAAGACAAUGCAACCGCCACCAGCGAGGAAGGACCAUCAAGGAUUCUUGAGAUCUUUAGCAAAAAUAUUCAAAGAUCUCCAUCUCUACCAAACAAUAGUGCUAAUGACGAUAGUAUGGACGAGAAUGAAUUGGGUUUGUCACUGAGGUUGCAGACAAGCACAAGUCAAAAAGAAACGGAGGAAAAUAAGGAAGAAAAAAGAGAGCAAUUAGUGGCAAGUUUUGCAUCACCACCAGUGCAGAAUAAUAAAUUACAGCGGACACAUGACUUGCCGGGUAUUACAGCACAUGCUGCUGCUGCUAACAGAAAGGCUAGGGUUUCAGUUAGAGCAAGAUGUGAAGCCGCCACAAUGAAUGAUGGAUGUCAAUGGAGAAAAUAUGGCCAGAAAAUUGCUAAAGGAAAUCCAUGUCCACGAGCUUACUAUCGUUGCACCGUAGCCCCAGGCUGCCCAGUCAGGAAGCAGGUACAAAGAUGUAUAGAUGACAUGUCCAUACUAAUUACAACAUACGAAGGAACACACAACCAUCCACUCCCUGUUGGUGCAACUGCCAUGGCUUCUUCCGCAGCUUCCUUCAUGUUGCUAGACUCAAGUAACCCCAUUUCAUAUGGCACAUCAAGUUUCACAUCUCAAGCAACUCUUCCUAAUUACAACACGUUCCACCCUUUAAACCCACCUUCCAACAUUAGAAGCAUAAACCCCAAUGAUCCAUCUCAAGGAAUUGUUCUUGAUCUCACCCACAACCUCUCUGAACCCAUACGUUUCUCUUCUGGUAGCUCCUCCAAGAUGACCACUGAGCCUCGUUUUUCUUGGAUGCAAAACAACAAAAGCAGUGGUAUUGCAAUGAAUAACUUUCACAACCCUAGAACACUAUUGGAUCAUGAUAGGAUUUGGAAAGGAGAAGAAAGUAAGAAGCCAUUUGAUGACAAUAAUAUGUCCACAAUUGCCUCAGAUCCUAAAUUUAGGAAUGCUGUUGCAGCCGCCAUAACUUCACUCAUGAAUAAAGAAAGCCACACUACUCAUCCCAUAGGGGCUUCCUUUGGUCAUAGGAGUGGCCAAAAUGGUGGCUCAAGUAGCAACAACAAUUGGGUCAUUGAUUCUCUCUCAAAAAAUGGUAAGCCCACUUGAAUUUCAUCUUGAGAAGAAAUUGAUAAUAGGAAAAUUCUACGAUACACCACUGUUACACUGCUUAUAACUUAUUGAGUUUAAUUCAUAACUAUAUGUAAUGAAUAUUGUAACUUCUCAUAACUUGUAAACUUUCUCAUUACAAGUUUUAACAUAAGUUAAAAAUCUUAUGACACGUAGUUACAAAUCAAACUCUACAAGUUAGAAGCAGUGCACUAGUACAUCAACAAAACCUUGAUAAUAUGUCUAUGUUAAGAUAGACAAAAAAAAGUUAAUGAUGUACACCAAGGUGUUUAGAACAAAAAGAGACUUGUCCGACAUCUGAAUAUCUCAUUUCUUCAUAUAAAUAAUCUUACAACUGCAUGCGGUCUCUUAUGUUUUACUUGUAAUUUGGUUUUUAUUACAUUGUUGACUAUUGUAAAGAAAAGUUUGUGUGAUUGGUCGAAUGACAUACGAAUUUCAAUUAUUAAAGUAUUGCAGAUC